CGCUUUUUUUCAACGGCCCGGACCUGAUUUGCCGAAGUGUUACGAUCCCAUUGGUGUGACCCGGACCGUGCUCUCCGCGCCGGCGUCACAGAAAACUGUCUCAAAAUGGAGAAGUCAGAGCAGAACAGCCGAAGCCAAGAGAUGGAACAGUCCGAGAGGCAUUCACAGCGCAUGCCUGCAAUGCACCACAGCAAGGAGAAGAACGAUGAAUCUCUGCACGCCGCGAACCGUUCCGAGCUCGAGAAUGUCACAGAGCACAAGGAACAAAGGUACAGCUCCAACCGUGCUCAGAGCCGAAGUCGCAGUGCUCCAAGGGAGGACAACGAGAAAGAGGCUCGGAGCCAGAGCCUGGGACUGCCGCACUCGCGGCGUGCGCGCCGGCCGCAUCACCGCCGCCGCUACACACGCAUGAUGAUCAUGAUGCUUCAACUGCUCUCAACGCGAUAUCAUUGCCCCAUCGCGGUUCGUGAUGUGGGCGAGCAGAUGCCGCGUUUCGCGUUGCCCCUCACCCCACCGCUGCCGCCCCGCGGAUUAUGCCCUGCGCCGGGCGGCGUUGGCGGCAGAAGUGGCAUGCCACGAUGAGGGAGGACAAAGAUGAGAAUCCCUGUGGCCACUGAGCAAUUUCGCUGUUCAACCGGCGUACUCGGCUGUUGUUGCCAUGUCAUCAGUUUCCACCGUUCGGGGGCGGCACAGAGACUGGCCCCCCUAAUCCCAAAGCCCAACAAUUUGUGGAAGGAAGGAAGAGCGGAUGCCCGUUUAACAAUUGAACACUUUUGUCUGAGCCUCACGUCUCAGGCUCAACCUGCGACUGGCGAACGUUUCA